AUGACUCCCCCUACAAAAGUCUUCUUUCCCGCGUUUCAGCUGCAAAUCUGCGGGGAGCUCUUCGUGCCGGAGCCAGGGUCCCCGAAUCGCAUGGGUGCGGCGGUCGUCAUAAGCCAUCCGAUGACAGGCGUCAAGGAGCAAACGUCGACGGAUUACGCCAAGCUCCUCUCCAGAGCCGGCUUCUACACCCUCAUCUUCGACGCCGGCUACCAAGGCGAGAGCAGCGGCGAGCCUCGCGGGCUGGAAGACCCCCGCCAGCGCGUGGAAGACAUCAAGGCGGCGGUGAGCUACCUGACGACGCUGAGCGGCAGAGUGGACGCCGAAAAGAUUGGGCUGCUGGGCAUCUGCGCCUCCGGGGGAUACGCCUCGUACUCGACACAGUCAGACAGCCGCAUCCAGUGCCUGGCGACGGUGAGCGCAGCCUGCGUCGGGCGCAUGACGCGCAGCGGCGGCGUCCAUCCGCACCACAGGGAGAACCCGCAGGCCAUUGCCACGGCUCUCGAGGCCGCGGGCCAAUGGCGGUCCAACGCUGCGAAGAACCCGACGUCCAAGCCCGAGGCGCCCGUCAUGUUCGAGACGGACCCAUCCAAGGUCGCCGAGGGCGCGGAUUCUUUCUUCAGGGAUGCAGCCGCAUACUACGGUACGAAGCGCGGGAAACACGAACGAAGUACCCAAAGAGUUCCCCCGCAGAGCUACGACCUCAUGGUCAGCUACGACUCGUUCAAUUUACAGCAUCUGAUAGCGCCAAGGCCGCUUCUUAUGAUUGCGGGAUCAGAGGCUCAGACGCUGCAUUACAGCCAGGCGGCCAUUGAACAGGCCAGGAGGCCCAAGGAGCUGUUUGUGGUGCCGGGCAAGAACCACUUUGAUUUAUAUGACGACCUGCGAGAGACGGGACCAAAGGUGGUAGACUUUUUCGCCAGCGGCUUGGAGUGA